AUGUCUCUUAUCCAUCCGAUUCAAGCAGUUGUUAGCAAUCGUUCUGGAGAGCUAAUUUUUGCAGUUUUAAAAAAUGUUAUUAUUGCUUAUAGAUAUGAUCAAACUAAUGGUAAAUAUCUAGAGAUGGGUAAGUGGGAAGACCAAUUUAGUAGAGAUGAGAUGAUUAAGAUUGCAGUUGUUAAGGAACAGGCUAGACAAUUGGCAGAAAAUGAGGAAAAAGGUAUUAAAAAGAGCAAGACUAAUGAAGGUAAUACCAUUGAGAAAAAACAUGAUGCUAAGAUACCAGUGCCAGGACCUGGAGCACCUCCAAUCUAUUCACAAAUACGUAAUUUGAUGAUUUCCAAUGAUGAAACUAUGUUACUUGCAUGUGCCGAUUCUGAUAAAUCGGUACUUGUCUUUAAAAUUGAGACUUUAAAUAAUGACAAUUGUUUGAAAUUAAUUAAAAGACAACCAUUCCCAAAGAGACCAAAUGCUAUAACUAUUACUGAAGAUGAUAAGACUGUAAUUAUAGCUGAUAAGUUUGGUGAUGUCUACUCGAUGUUGAUUGAAUCACCAGUUAUUGAAAACAUAGAUGAAGAAUUCGAACCAAUUUUAGGUCAUGUUUCAAUGCUUACUGGUGUUUUAUCAACUACUAAUAACGGUAUGAAAUUUGUUAUGACCAGUGAUAGAGAUGAACAUAUUAAGAUAUCGCAUUUCCCACAGAGUUACAUUGUUGACAAAUGGUUGUUUGGUCAUAAGGAAUUUGUUUCCUCCAUUUGUAUCCCAAGUUGGAAUUCUAAUAUAUUAGUUAGUGCAGGUGGUGAUCAUGGGAUCUUUUUAUGGGAUUGGAUUAAAGGUGAGAAGUUGGAUGAAUUUGAUUUCACAGAUUUGGUCUUACCAUAUAUUAAUGAAAACCAUUUGGCUCCAGAUAGAUUUCAAAAUGAAGAAAAUGAUUUAAAGGAAUUCGCAGUCUCAAAAUUAGUUUCAUUACCAAAUAAUCCAUACUUUGCAUUCUUUGUAGAGGCUACAAAACUUUUAAUCAUAUUAGAGGUCGACCAAUCUACUUAUAAGAUGAAGUUAUUGCAAAAAAUUGUACUCCCAUAUUACAUUACUUUUAUCUCAACAUUCUCAGAUGAUAAAACUAUGGGUUUCAAUAUUUCAUUAGACAAUCGUGAAUCUGGGGAUAAGGAUUUCGUUAAAUUCAUUGCAUUGGACACUACAAGUAACACAUUUUCAAUUAAAGAGGAACAAUCAGAUGAAUUUAAUACAUCAAUUGUUAAUUCAUUUUCUAAGGAAGACUCGAUUGUAAAAGUUGAACUUGAUGAAGUGUAUCCAUUAUAUAACAUAAUAAGUUUGAAAAAACAUGGUGAACAUUAUUCAUAG